AUGGGAAUCAAGUGGAAGAAAUUCAUCCCUCACUUGAGAGUAUUACCUGAAGAUCUUGAAGGUGAUGUCUCAAGUGACAACAAUAGUUCUAUUGAGGAACACAUUCAUCAUGAUGAUUCAAAAUCGAUUGAUGAUGAUAAAUAUCAUGAAUCUCAUGUGGUCUAUGCUGUUGAUACUUCUUCUAACAACGCAAACGGGAAGUCGUCUUUACCAAUUAACUCAGCCCAUGGCUCUGUUAAACUACAAAAGGGUAUUCCAUAUGAACUCAGAGAUGAGGCUAACAAGUCUCGCUGGAAGUUUUUUGAUGAAUAUGAAUACAGAUUGAACAAAGAGUAUAGAAAGUCAAGAAAGUGGUAUGAGUUUCUAUAUCCAAAUCAUAUCUCUCAAAGCAAAGCAGAGAGGAGGUUACUUUACAAGCUUGACAUCAUUGUUGCAUUGUAUUUCUUAAUCGUUAAUUGGUCAAGAUCUGUUGACAGCAGUAACUACACCAACGCUUAUGUGUCUCACAUGAAGGAGGAUCUUCAUUUCAAGGGUAAUGAUUACAUUUAUACGUCUACAAUUGCUAAUGUUGGGUCCAUUGUGUUUCAAUUGCCGUUCAUUUAUAUUCUACCAAGAUUUCCAGCCCAUUAUGUCUUGCCAAUUAUGGACUUCGGUUGGUCGUGGUUCACAUUUGCCUGCUAUAGGGCCAAAUCAUUACCUGAGCUGAGAGCAUACAGGUUUAUCUUAAGUUCUUUUGGUGCUGCGUACUAUCCCGUUGCACAAUAUCUUAUGGGUUGUUGGUAUGCCCCUGAUGAAAUCAGUUCAAGAGUUUGUUUAUUUUUCUGUGGGCAAUUGUUAGGUAGUGUUACCUCCGGUUUACUCCAGGCCAGAAUUUUCAAGAGUUUAAAUGGGGUACAUGGAUUGGCUGGAUGGAGAUGGAUGUUUUUAAUUGAUGCUAUUGCUAUCUCCAUUCCAACUGCCAUUUUGGGAUUUUUUGUGAUUCCUGGUAUCCCCUCAAAAUGCUACUCUCUGUUCCUGACAGAUGAGGAAAUAAGAAUUGCUAGAGCUAGAAAUAAGAGGAACCAAAUUGUUGAUGGUGUCGAUAGGUCAAAGCUUCCUCAUAUUUGGUCCUGGAAAGUGUGGAAAAAAGUUUUUUUCACACCAACAUUUUGGGUACUAGUCAUCUUUGAUCUUUGCUCUUGGAACAAUAUGACAGCAUACAGUGGAUCCUACACAUUAUGGCUAAAAUCCAAUACAAGCUAUUCUAUUGAAAAAGUUAAUAAUUUAUCUGUGUUGCCGGCAUGUCUCGGUUUUGCAUUUGUUUUCUUCUGUGCCUUUGGUUCAGAUCUUUUCAGGAACAAAUGGCCAUUUAUGGUAUUUUCACAAUGCAUGAACUGUAUAUCAUGUGCAAUUUUAAUUAAGUGGGAUGUUGCUAGUUCGACAAAAUGGUUUGCUUUCUUGAUCACAUACUUUAGUGUUGCUGCAUCGCCAUGUUUAUGGUCAUUUAUUAAUGAUUUCUUGAGACAUGACCCACAAGUUAAGGCAAUUACCUGGAUUGCAAUAUAUUCAAUUUCUCAAUCUACCUAUGCCUGGAUUCCGACACUUACUUGGAAGACAGUAGACGCCCCAAGAUUCAAGACAGGUUAUAUCGCUAGUUUAAUAUUCAGUGCAAUUUAUGGUCUGUGGACAUUUGUUGUGUUAUUUUUCUACAAACGCAAUGAGAAAAAGAACGCUUUAGGUAAUGGUAUUAUCCUUUACAACAGUUCUAAGGGGGAAAGUCCUCCAACAUUUGUGGAAACCGAUAUGGUUUUGAAGAAUGGUUACUACUAUGUCAAAGAAGACUGUGAAUAA